GAUGUCGGCAAAAUUCGACUAUCCUCCUUCAGACCGAGCCUGCAGCCUGAGACUGUAGUCAUGGCGUGUCGUGACCAAUCUUGUCAAAUGCUUACAAAAGAUGUCCUGCUUGUUGGCCUGGGUGCAGUUGGAACAAUCUAUGCGUAUAUCCUCCAAAGCAGCAAGCUUGCGCGAGUCACUGUCGUUGCCCGAAGUAAUUAUGAUGUCGUGAAUGCCAAGGGUAUGCACAUCAGGAGCAAAAAGUAUGGCACUCACGAGAGCUGGAAACCCUACCGUCUGGUAUCGUCGGUGGCAGAAGCCGCUGACAGGUCGUAUUCCUACGUGGUCAUUACAACCAAGGCAAUUCCAGAGGUGGUCGAAACACCUCGUGUCCUAGAACCACUGCUUUCUCGUCCAUAUAGUGAAAUGCACCCCCAGCCUACUUAUGUCAUGCUCCAAAACGGACUCGGAGUGGAGCGAGAUUUGUAUCAUAGCGCCAAGGCACUCAAUCAAGGUCAACCGAAGAUCAUCAGCGCGCUCGUAUGGAUCGCAGCGAAUUUGGUGGAGAAGAACAUGGUCAAUCAUAACCGCUUCGAUCGUCUUACCAUUGGAAUGUACAGACAUGGAGAUCACCUGACGACUACCAAUUCUCCUGAAGAAUAUGCUAUUUUGGCAGACUUUGGAACCAUGCUCGAAGCAGGAGGUUCAGAAGCGAUCAUUGUAACAGAAAUCCAGCGCAAGAAAUUUGCCAAGACAAUGUGGAAUAUUGCAUUCUCCUCCUUCUCGACUCUCACUGGGUCUUCUCCUGCAGCGAUGUUUCGACCUCCGCCUGAAGAAGGCCAAUCAUAUAGUCCUUACGUCGCUUCUCAGACAGCAACAGUUGUUGAGAGAAACACUAUUCCCGUUCUACGUGCGAUUUUACAAGAGAUGAUUACCCUUGGGCGUGCACUGGGCUACGCAGACAAUGAAGAUGGUCUACCUUCUUCCCUCGUCGACAGUACUAUAUUACAGACUGCUGAGAUACACCGCGACCCUGCACAUAUUACUCUCCCGAGCAUGCUCCUCGACGCCCAGAAUGGGCUACCUAUCGAGGUUGAAGUAAUUGUUGGCGAGGUGGUCAGAAUGGCGAAGGAGAUGGGGGUAGACGUACCACGUAUUGACACUCUAUAUGCUUUGUUGGCUGUUGUUCAAAACCAGACUCUUGGUGGGUUUAGACAGUGCAAACUGUAGACGCAGCAGCCCUUCAAUGCCACAAUAUUUUGACCUGAGCUAAGCUGCUUAUUGGUUUUUUGAACCUGCCAAGGAUUUGGUUCUGCAAGACGGUCGAUAAAGCGUACAACAUUGCAAUACACUGCACAGUUACACUGAUGAGUCGGUGAAGAUGGAGAAC